AUGUGUCACAUUGCACUAUUGGACAUGCAUCGGAGAGCGAGUGUUGGUCGAUUUAUCAAAGAUAUACCUGCAAAUGUAGGUGCUUGGGGGCUAGAUCGAACUAUUGACGAAGAUAUGUACAAGCAAAAGUAUGUUUUUGAAGUCGCAUGGGAAGUUGUCAACAAAGUUGGUGGCAUUUACACUGUUAUUAGAACGAAAGCUGCUACCACCGUCGAGGAGCUUGGAGAUAGAUACGUUCUCAUUGGUCCUCUGAACGAGGUUUGUAUGAGGACAGAAGUCGACAUUGUUGAACCUGCAUCAGAACCUCUGAAACGUGCGAUCCAAAAACUACGGGAGCAUGAUAUAAAUAUGGUCUUUGGGAGAUGGCUGAUUGAGGGCUAUCCGUACGUCCUUCUCUUUGACAUUGGUUCGUCCGCAUGGCGUAUAGAUUCAUGGAAAAAAGAACUUUGGGAUAGUUGUAAUAUCGGAAUACCAGUGCAUGACAGUGAAUGCAACGAUUCGCUUAUUUUCGGAGCUCUUGUCGCAUGGUUCUUGAAAGAAUUUAGAGAUGAGUUAGAUGCUGAAUCAGAUGGUGUUCAACUUCCCAUUAUUGCUCACUUCCACGAGUGGCUGGCAGGCUCUGGUCUAAUUUUUACCCGGACGCGACACAUUAACGUGGCUACCAUCUUUACCACGCACGCCACCCUUCUUGGACGAUAUCUGUGUGCUGCAUCCGUGGACUUAUACAACAAUUUGGAUAAAUUUGACCUUGAUAAGGAAGCUGGUGAUCGUAAUAUUUACCACAGAUAUUGCUUGGAGCGAGCUGCUGUCUAUUGCGCUCACGCCUUUACAACUGUCAGUAAGAUCACUGGCCUGGAGAGCAAAUAUCUACUUCAACGUGAACCUGACAUAAUAACGCCCAACGGACUCAAUGUCGUAAAGUUUGCAGCUCUUCAUGAGUUUCAAAAUCGACAUGCAAUAGCUAAGCAAAAAUUACACCAAUUCAUUCAAGGCCACUUUUACGGGCACUACGACUUCGACUUGGAUAAGACGCUAUACUUCUUCAUCGCCGGUCGCUAUGAAUUUCAAAACAAGGGGGCCGAUAUCUUUAUUGAAGCCCUCGCCCGACUGAACCACCGGUUGCAGGAGCAGGGGAGCGAUGUGACAGUCGUUGCCUUCCUGAUAUUUCCAGCGGCCACCAACAGUUUCAACGUAGAUUCCUUCCGGGCACAGGCCAUCGUCAAGCAGUUGCGAGAGACUGUCAAUGAUAUCCAGAAAGACAUGGGUACUCGACUUUUUGAGGUCUGUCUUCGAGGUCGUAUCCCCACUGGCGAGGACGUCCUUCAGCAGGAAGACAUUGUCAGGCUAAAACGCUGUAUCUACGCGACACAGCGCAACAACUUACCGCCGAUCUGCACGCACAACAUUGUACAGGACAGCAUUGACCUGGUGCUCUGUAACCUGCGUCGAUGCCGGCUUUUUAACAACCGAUACGAUCGCGUCAAAGUCAUUUUCCACCCAGAAUUUCUCAGUUCCACAAACCCUCUUCUUCCGAUGGACUACGAGGAAUUUGUUAGAGGUUGCCACUUGGGUGUCUUCCCUUCGUACUACGAGCCCUGGGGCUAUACACCCGCCGAGUGCACAGUCAUGGGCAUCCCAUCGGUCACAACCAACCUCUCGGGUUUCGGCUGUUUCAUGGAAGAGCAUAUUGAGGACCCAGCCUCCUAUGGCAUUUAUGUAGUAGAUCGUCGCUUCCAGAGCGUUGAUGCCUCGGUCGAGCAAUUGACUAGGGUACGUUGUAAUUUCGUGUGCCUCCACGAGUUUUGUCAGUACUCACGCAGACAGCGCGUUGUUUUGCGAAACCGGACCGAGCGUCUUAGCGAGUUGCUUGACUGGAAGAACCUCGGAGCGUACUACAGCCGUGCUCGUAUGGUCGCGCUCUACCGUCAGCGUCCCGACCUCUUCACCCAACCGGCUCCAAAAGGUGAUUCCGAUGCCGAAGAAACAGCCUCCGCGAAGAGCUUCAGACUGUGUCGUCCAUUCUCUGCUCCACCCUCCCCCAGUGCCUCUCGUGGUUCGAGCCCGAGCCGUCUUUCUGGUCGCAGCACCCCGGCCUCAACUCUAGAGGAAGAUGAGGUGGACGAGAACACGGAACGUCUCGAGCUGGGUCUUCAAAUGAUCUCUAUCAACGCCAACAACGAGAACACCGAAGAGGGACAGCAUUAG